CGACCAGCAUUGCUUGCACCACGCAUCAUAUAUUCGCGUGCCAGAUCACCGGCCACUCUUCGCAACAACACCCACUGCCGACGCCCUUUCUCGGUCUACCGUAGCAGCAUUUUCACGUCGCCACUCGCCGUCUUGUAAUUCGUGGAGAAGUGUGAGCAGUGUCGCCGUCGUUAUCGCCCUGAUGCAGCGUGUAGAAUGAUUGCGGCUACUCGUCGUUGGUUUCGGCGGAACAGAACGAAUCUGGUCGUUGGCGUUGGCGUUCUGGGCGCUGGAUACCUCGCGGGGCAAUAUGUUCUCAGCAAGAUAACAGAAGCGCGACAGCGCAUGACCGAGGAGAGAGUCGCGAAGGAGAACUUGCGAAGACGAUUCGAACAGAACCAGGAAGACUGCACCUACACCGUCCUCGCCCUUCUCCCGACCCUCCGCGAUGACAUCGUAAACGCGCUGCCCGUGGAGGAGAUCACGGAGCAACUACAGCAAGAGCGGAGAGAGCGGCUACAACGACUGGGAGCUUCGGACGCAGCAUCAUCAGACUUUCCUUCAGCACCUUCGAGCGCGGUCGACGAUGAUGGCAAGAGUCUGGCAAGUCUGCAGAGUAGCAGCUAUGUGCAUGCCAGCCAGAUCGCCAACAGCAGCACGUUGGAGGUGCCAGGCGGUUCAAACAGGCCAAAGCGUAGCAAGGGGCAGCUAUGGCAGGACAUGAAGAUCCAGUCUAUCACGCGUGCACUAACACUGCUAUACUCCAUGUGCCUGCUGACACUGCUCACGCGCAUCCAACUCAAUCUGCUUGGCCGCCGAACAUAUCUGUCCUCCGUGGUAGCACUCGCUUCCCCGCCACAAGAUCAACACGCCUCCACCAUUUCACUCGAAAACAGGGACGAUGACAACUACGAUAAUGUUUACGGUAAUGACUUCGAGACGAACCGAAAGUACCUCACGUUCAGCUGGUGGUUAUUGCAUCGCGGGAGCAAGCAUAUCAUGGAGAGAGUGAUGACAGCUGUGAAGGAGGUAUUCGGCCCGGUUAAUAUCAGGGAAGAUGUGACUCUCGAAAGGCUGGCAGAUCUGAUAAUGCAGGUGCGAAGGAAGAUUGAAGGUGCCACAGAAGAGGAGCGACGAAGCCAAAAGUGGUUGGAAUACCUACUGCCGCCCAGAGAGGAUGAGGAAUACGUGAUACGGCAAGCUGGAUCUUCGGACGAUGAGGAGUCACCUGCGCGACGAGAUUCAGAUCCCCUGAGCGAGACCGGAGAGGGGCUCAUCACCGACUCUCUGCGAAGAUUGCUGGACGAGACAUCCGACCUCAUCGACUCGCCGACAUUCUCCUACGUGCUCACACGCCUCCUCGACGCGUCAUUUUCACAUCUUGUGGACUUCCGCGUUGCGACGGAGGCAUUCAAGCAAGCUCCUCCGGGUAGAGAGGCACCCAGGAUCGUCGAAAUUGAAGAGCACAAGUGCAAGGUGGCACAUGUGCUCCCAAUUUUCUGCAAGCAGGCCCACGUGAUUGGUGCCGGUAGUGGCGAGCUGGAAACCAUGGCAGGCGUAGCAGCGCAGGAACCUCUUGGGAACGAGUACUUGUCUGCUGUCGACCAAGUCAGUGACCUGGGUGCUUUCGCUGCCGUCAUCUACUCUAGCAACUUCGAAUACGAGAUUCCGCAGGACGAUGAGAACCGCACGAGUACGGCUCGGAGACCUCCUGGACGGGAUGGUGAUUAUUCAUCGGGGACCAGUUCUUCUUUCUUUCCGGCCGAGAUUGGCGAGACUUUGAGGGAGACGGCGGAGACCAUGCUUCAGGAGAGCGAACUAGUGGUCCUUGACCAAGGGUACGAGGAUCAAAGUGCAUUGGCGGGCGCAGUGAAGAGCGACUUCAACGCUGCGUGGGAGAAGGCCAAUUCGGAGAAGGAGGAUAUUCCGGCGAUGGACGGUCAUCCUGCUCCUGAGACGAUUGCCACAGCUGGCGAAGACCAGGCACCUGUUACUGAAGUUGCUACUGCGACUGACGCGCCUAUUCCUUUGCCCGAAGAGGAGGUCUCUGCGUUGCCGGAAGGUCCGAUCAAGCUGAAUUGAUCGGAAAAAGAGGCGGAUAUCAUGCAAUGUAAGAAUUAGCGAAUUGAGCACAUUCAAAGCGUCACCUGGAUAGAUAUGUGUGACUUUGCAUGUCUAUCUAUGUACAUUCGCCGUGCCGGCAUUAAAUGGCCUCUUGACACCCGAUUGACUAUGUUGGAGCGC